GUUUUAUUUUUUUUUAUUCAAUCCUGUUUAUAACGUCAUCAUUAAAGAUCCACAUUCUAUCUCACCAUGACAAAAAAAUUACCUCCACAUUUAAAGCAACAAAGAAAACCGAUUCCUAGAGCCUGUAGUUUUUGUCAUGAAAAGCAUUUACAGUGUGAUGUUGGUCGACCCUGUAAAAACUGUUUAAAGAGAAACAGAGGCGAGAGCUGUAAAGACAUGAUCAGAAAGAAAUCAAAAUACCUAUUCGAUAUCAAUAAUCUAACUAGCUCCAAUAUCCAAUUAACUGACAAUUCAACCAAUCUACCAAAUUUAUCUGCUUUAUCAAAUAUCCCAACUCUAUCAAAUUUCAACUCCAUCAUGGACAAAUUUGACAAUAAUCUAGACAAUAUCAAUAACAAUAUCAAUAACAAUAUCACUCCCACUACCAAUAACAACUUGGAUAACAAUCAUUCUGAACUUGAAAACACCUCUGAUAAUAUCUCUGAAAACGAUUCCCCUUCAAUACUGUCCUCUCUUAACUCUUCAAAUUUAAUCAAAAUCGCUUCAAAAAGAGGGAGAAAAAGAAAAUCUGACCUUGUUAUUAACAAUAAUCUUGAAAUAAAAAAAAAAUUAAUUCCCACCACCACCACAACCAUCACAUCAACUACUACUACAAAUACAACAAAUACAAAUCCACCAAACACAACUAUCAAUUAUCCUCCAACAUUUCAAAUGAACAACACUACAAAGAAAUACCAACCCAUCUUACCUGCUCCUUCAAAUACAAAUUCAAACCAACUAAAUAAUCCUCUUCAAUCCUCCAAUAUCUUACCAAACUCAUCAAAUUCUGUCCCCACACUUUCAAACAAUCCUUCAAAUAAUACCACUAAAAAUAUCAUCAAUAAUAUCAAUAACAUCAAUAACAUCAACAAAACAAAUAUCAACAAUAAUGAUACCACAAAUCCUACUCCUAACUCCACCAACACCACCACUGCUCUGACAAAAACAACAAAUACCUUUAUUAAUCAAAAUACUUCUACAAGUAAAGUCUUGAUUCCAAUCCUACCAAAACCUGCCAUCUUCACAAACAUUCAAUCCCAGAAUAAACUCAUAAUCCAGCCUCAAAAUCAACAACAAAACAGACCUCAAAAUCAAAUGCAAAUUCAACUUGAACCUGAACCUCAACUUCAACCUCAACUUCAACAGCAACAGCAACAGCAACAGCAACAGCAACAACAACAACAACAACAACAAAAUUUAAUUCAAAGUAUUCAGCAAAAUUCUACCUCCAAUCCAAUUCAAAAUUCAAUCAAUUUCCAAUCCAAUAUUCCCAAUAAUAUCACUAAUAAUCCAAAUCUUAAUCUCAGUAAUAAAACCAACCAAUUACAAAAUCAUCUUGUUCAUGUUCCAAUUGCCCCUGCUCCAAUUCCUCAUAUUCCAAAUAUCCCCAAUAAUAUCCCCAAUAAUAUUCCCAAUAAUAUCCCCAUUAGUAACCCCAUUGGUAAUCCUAUUAACAUUGAUGAACCAAUUAAUAAACAGAUCAUAACUCACUCAAAUUUAUCCCAUAUCGACAAACAUUUAAAAGACUUAGCUGAGAAAUCUUCUGCUGAAGAUGAUGAUGAAUUAAACCAAAUCAAUAAUAACAUCAAUAAUAACCGCCAUAACAUUGACCAUAACAUUGACCAUAAUCAAAAUUUCAACCAAAACCAAAACCAAAAUUUUAAUCACAAACAUAAUCAUAAUAACAAUAAUAACAAUAGUAAUAACAAUAACAAACUCAAUAUUAAUUCUAUUCAUAACCAAAACCACAAUAUCAAUUAUAUUGAUAAUAUCAAUCCUAAUAUCCCAAUUAAAAAUAACGAUAACAUCAUCAACAAUGAUUCAAACAAAAAAUUAUCUGCUCAAAACCCAAAAAAACAUUCAAAUUAUUUUGCCUCCUUAUUCUUAAACCAAGAAUAUAAUCAAAUAUCAACAAUCAUAAGAGAAUCAAAACCUACUUCUCCUCCAACAUCAAUUUCAAACCUCAAUUUCAAAUCCAAAUCCAAAUCCAAAUGCAAUAUCUCAUCCUCAUCAUCAUCCUCAUUCUUUACAUCCCCAAUCAAUUAUCCAAUCCUCCAACACAAGCCAUAUAGGUGCUAA